UUUCCCUAGACUAAAAUCAUGUUGUAGGUGAACACAAUUCAUGGCGGGAAAAGAAACCUAAAACCCCCAAAAUCUCACACACUAUUCACCCCCAAAACACACACAAAGAGCGUGAAAAAAUGGGAGAAAUAGAGAAGAACAACAAAGACAAGGAGAUAGAGAAGGAGAAAGCAGGAGGAACAACAGUGCAAAUAGAGCAAGAAGGCCUACCAAAGGCAAUAAUAAGGAGGCUAGUCAAGGAUAAGCUAUCACAGUUAUCAACUGAUAGUGAUAUAUCUCUUCUCAAGGAUUCCCUCACUGCUUUCUCUGAAAGUGCCCGAAUUUUCAUUCAUUACCUUUCUGCAACUGCUAAUGACAUAUGCAAGGAGUCUAAGAGGCAAAUAAUAAAUGCCGAGGAUGUUUUCAAGGCCCUUGAAGAUAUUGAGUUUCCAGAGUUCAUCGAGCCUCUCAAAGCUUCUCUCGAGGGAUUUAGAGAAAAGAAAAGGAAGUCAUCGUCGUCGAAGUCCCCAGAAUCUAACAAAAAGGCUAAGGUGAAAGAACCUGUGGAGAAUGGGAAGGGUAAGAUGAAAGAGCUACCCUCUGAUAACGAAAAUGAAGAUGGACAAGCUGGAGAGGAAAUCAAUGAAGUCGAGGAUAGUGCUGACGAUUAAGGAGAUUAUUUCUUGCGUUGUUCAUUCGACAUUUUACUCAUCCCUUGUUAACCCCUCAAAAUAUGUAAUCUCAUCUUGGAUGUGAAGUUAACAUACAGUUUGUAGAGUUAUAUUCUGGAGUAAAAUGAAUUUUUCUGGGAA